AUGCCGGAUCCUGCGGCUCCGUCUCUGUCUGCGAUCCGACCAUCGCAAGAGCAACGCGAUCCGAGCACAGUCCAGGUGCUGGGUAUGGACGUCCCACCAUCUCAGUCUAUUGCUCGGAAGCGUUCCGACGCUAGCGACCUCUCCUUGCCUUCGGGCGCAUCCACACCUCAGAUGUACGGAGACUAUACCGGGACACGCAGCUAUCUUCCUUCCCACAGCUCCACGGUCUCGCGUUUGCACAACCAGUCUUCCUUCAACACACGCUCUUCGCACAGUUCCGCCAGCAGCGAGGCCCACGAAGAGCUUGCCUCUUUCGGGUCCACCUCGGCGAAUCAAGCUGAUCCUUACACGCUUCGGCUCGCCGGACCCUCCGAAUCUCGCGCACCACAUCUCACACACAACGCCCGCGUUUUGAGCCACAAGGACUCUUUUGGCGGUUCCUACAGCAUGAAUUCUGUCGCAGAUCCAGGUCUUGUGCUGGUAGAAGAAGCGUCGGCCUCUCCGCAGCUGUCGAGCUCGCAGCGGUUCGCCAACACUCACUCUGACGAUCGUUCCGACGAGGGUCACCAGCGCACCGUUUCGCUGUCCCGACCCGCGCAGCGAGCUGAUCGAAACACACUGAGCGCACGACGAUCCGAUUCGCAUCACUCUGCCGAUGGCAGCGGAGUUUCCGACCUCACCGAGCCAGUUGAGCUACUCGGGCGUCCCUCGGCAUUUGCGAGCCCGCCAGUAUCCGUUCCGUCUGCCUCGAGGCAUUCCACUCUCACUACCUCUCGCUCCCGCGCAGCUCUGUCUGCUGCUGCCGACGCUGCAUCUGCCUCGCUGCGCGAACAUGAUCCCGCCGAUUCCACCUUCGCCGCUAACUUCGACCAGUCUUUGGCCCUGGAGCCAACCUCUUCAUCUGCUUCCGCCGCCUCUACACCCUUGACCAGCUCGAAACCCGUCCGUCGCUCCGUGCCACCGUCAGAUGAUCCAGAGUCCCGCCGCGCAGCGCAGAGCAAUAACGCUACGCAUAUGUCCACGAAUGCAUCCAAGGACCGUCGCGACAGGGACGUUGCCGAUAGGGCAGCGGCCACCUCGGGCGCCAAGCGACCAACAUCGAGCCGCGCACGCGAGUCUGCUCCUCCUGCCAGCUCAGCACGUGCUGAAGCCAACACCUCCGCUGCGCGCUCGUUGAAGACAUCUCAUCGCACUCUCCCUCAACUCCCCUCGGCCAGCGACGUUCAACCAGCGCCGCCACCGGCCAUGUACUGGUCAAAGGCACCUGCGCACGGCAGUGUGCCUCGACGCAGCUUUCGUGCACACACCGCAAACCUCUGCGACGAGGUGCUCUGGUUGUUUGGCGGAUGUGACAAUCGUGGCUGCUUCCGUGACCUUUGGUGCUUCGAUACCGAGACCAUGUGCUGGUCUAAGCCCAAGGUGACCGGAGAUGUUCCUCCUGCUCGCCGUGCCCACUCGGCAACCAUGGUCAACAAGCGUCUCUUUGUUUUCGCAGGUGGUGAUGGCCCUCACUAUUUCAACGAUCUGUACAUCUUCGACACUGUGUCCUUGAGGUGGACCAAGCCCGAGGUUGGUGGCAUCGCUCCCAGUCCACGGCGCGCUCAUACCUGUAACUACUACGAGGGACAGCUGAUUGUCUUCGGAGGAGGCAACGGCGUCGGCGCGCUCAACGAUGUACAUACGCUCGAUGUCAACGAUCUGUCACGUCUCGAGUGGCGGAAGCUGGAGUGCAGCGGCAAGGUGCCCAUCGGUCGAGGAUAUCACACCUCGAACUUGGUCGACGGGAAGCUUAUCGUCAUCGGCGGCAGCGACGGUCACAUGUCUUUCAACGAUAUCCAUAUUCUCCGACUAGACACACGCACCUGGUAUCAAGUCAAAACCGACGAAAUUCACAACCGUCUCGGUCACACGGCUACGCAGGUCGGCUCGUACCUCUUCAUAUUUGGCGGCCACGAUAGCAAGACGUACACCUCGGAGCUCCUCACGCUCAAUCUCGUCAAUCUACAGUGGGAGCCGCGAAAGGUCUGCGGCAAGAAGCCGCAAGGUCGAGGCUACCAUCAGGCUUGGCUCAGAGACUCAAGACUGUUCGUGCACGGCGGAUUUGAUGGCAAAGACAUCUUUGACGAUCUGUACUAUCUCGACCUGGCUGCAUGUGCCUAUUUACCCCAGAUCACCAGCUUCAGCGUCGAACUCGACGACGAAGAGUGA